AUGGCAGACGACAAGCAUAUUGAUAUGCCAGAUGAAUUCUUUGUUGAAUCACUCAAAGCUGCGGUUGAACCGCAGCCAAUAAUGCCUGCCAUUCCCGGACUUCCAUGGCAAUUGUCUUGGGAAGAAAAACGCGAGUUUAUUCGUCCUUUUUUUGCUGAAGCCAUGGCAACAUUUUUCUACGUGUUUCUGGGUGGUAGCGCCAUUGCCGCAUUGAUUGUGAGCGGUGGUCUAGACGUCGGAGCUUUUGUAGGCACUGCAUUCGUGUAUGCGUGCUUCUACCCGACGAUUGACGCAUUGGACCUUAAACCUAUUUCAGCGGAUUUCCCUGAUUUGCCAGUCAUCGUAAAAGCAUUUGUUGAGAUUCCUAAAGAUUUUAUACCUACAGGAUACAUCAUAUGGACCGAAUUAAUUGCAAACAUAGUCUUAAGUUUUAUAGUCUUUAGUUUAAUCGACCAUAACAACAAAGAGGUUGGACGCACUCCAAUAGCCAUUCCGCUUUUGAUAGGUUUUGUUAUAUUCUGUAUAAUUAUCGGCAUAGGAUUCCAAGGCGUUUCGAUCAACCCUGCUCGCGAUCUUGGUGGACGCUUAUUCAUUGCGUGUAUUUACGGCGGCGAUAUUUUCAGAGUCAAAGACUAUUACUUCUGGAUUCCGUUGAUUGUGCCCAAUGUCGGCUCGCUUAUUGGAGGCGGACUUUAUGAUUUGAUGGUUUACAAGCACGCAAAGCCAAAAUCUUUACAGCAAUAG